AUGCCAUCGGCUGCUGGCGCCAAUGCACGCCGAGUAGCCAAUGCCAAGUUCCUCGCACCCAAAAGCAUGAAGCCGAAACCUAUCCCGCGUCCGCCACCCCCGCCGCGACAGAAGAUGACCCAAGCCCAAAUCGAACGGCUGCGAGAGCUGUUCCGCGAGGAGUUUGGCGGAAAGGAGCCUCGCGAGUUCCAGAUCGAGGCGAUAUGUGCUCAACAAGAAGGACGGGAUGUCCUCGUUCAUGUUGCGACUGGCAUGGGCAAGACGGCAGUCGCAGCCGGUCCAUUCCUACUUCGAGAGAAUGCGGACAAAGUGAUGCUAUUGGUGUCACCACUGGUUGGUCUCCAAGAGGAGAUGGUUGAGACGUUCAGAGACGAGUUCAAGAUCAAAGCCGUCGCACUCAACAGUUCACAUGAAACGACCGACCAGCAACUUCGGGAUGUCAUUGAUGGGCAGUACAGAAUCGUUCUACUGUCUCCUGAGAUGCUCUUGUCGCGCCGCUUUCUGGAUCGCGUCCUCCGGAACCGCAUAUUCUCAAGCAAAGUCUAUUCAGUUGUAAUCGACGAGGCGCAUUGUAUCUCACACUGGGGUGCUGAUUUCCGCAAGAAGUACUCUCAGAUUGGGAGUAUACGCGUGUUUCUUUCGCGCGAUACGCCCUUCGUCGCCCUCUCCGCAUCCCUGACUCAACGAGUCACUCGCGAUGUCGUGGAGAAGCUACAGCUCAAUCGCGAUAGUUACCUCUACAUAGACCUCGGAAACGACAGGCCGAACGUAUCACUCGUUGCACGCGCAAUCCAGAACCCCAUCAAUUCGUACACCGAUCUCAACUUUGUCAUCCCACCGUCGCCCACAUCUAUCAACGACAUUCCCAAAUCAUUCAUCUACGCUGAUAGCAUUCCAACGGGAACCGCGAUUGUUAAUCAUCUCCGAACACUUCUCCCCGAUAUCACGAUGCACGGCGCGAUUCGCCCUUACAACGCCGUACACAGCACCAAGUACCGCAAGAAGGUCAUGCGGCGCUUCAAGCAGGGCAAAGUCCGAAUCUUGGUUUGUACGGACGCGGCAGGAAUGGGCUGCAACGUCUCCGACAUAGACCUCGUCGUACAAUGGAAGCUCCCGAAGAAGCUCUCAAGCUUUGUCCAGCGAGCUGGUCGCGCCGCGCGUGGUGCAGGACGUACCGGACUUGGCGUGUUGCUUGUGGAGCCAUCGGCGUACUCGCGUAACAUUUUGCAGGAGGCGAUCGCAGCUGCUAAGAAGGCAAAGGGUAGGAAACGAAAGAAGAAGGGCGGCGCGGGUGGCGAAGGUGGUGGUGAGAAGAAGAAAGCGAAGAAGAAGCAGCAGGACACCUGGCCUGCUGAUCAUGGGCGCUUUCGCGGCGGUCGCGGCGGCAAGGAUGACUUCCCCUCAUCAGAAGAAGCUUUCCCUCCCAUGAAUCAUAGCCAUGAGAGCGAGGGAAUGUAUCAUUUCGUCCAAACCAGGCAGUGUAGGCGCGUGGUUCUUGCCGACGUCUUCAACAAUCCUCCACCAAGUAUGUCCCUCCCUUCCGUCAUGUCGUUCGCGUCGAGGUACUCAAACCAUCCAGACCCUACUGUUGCCUGUUGCGAUGUAUGCGAUCCCUGCCUAUUGGAUCGCACGCGGCCCGGAAUACGACCCAAACGCGGUGGCGAAGGACGGGUAACUUACGCCAAAGAACCGUCCAGAUCGGUGUGGAUUCACCUGGACGAUUGGCGCGAGACAAUAUUUGACCGUGAUUUCGGCUGGACUUCGAUGACCCCAGAGACCGUCCUCCCAACGCAGAUUCUCGACAAGAUUGCCAAGCUCGAGUUGCCCCUGCAGGAGCAGCACAUCAGGAAGAUCCUCUCGAGCGAAUGGCUGCGCUGGUCCCAUUACGGCGAGGAAGUUGUGGCUUUGCUUCGCGCCGCCACCAUCGCGCCCAAUCCGCCCUCAUCCACCGAGCUCGAUGCUGUUCGUUCAGCCGCGAACCCCACGCCUGCGCCCGCGCCAUCGGUCGAUACGCAUGUAUCCCCUGCGGCCCGUACUUCUGCAAAGCGACCCGCAACUGGGGGUGUCACCGACACGCCACCC